AUGUCAGACAGGUCUCUGGAAGUCAUGAAAUCCGUGACUUCUGCAAUCCUAACUGACAUUCUCUUAGUCGUAGAUAUCAGCAGUAAGCAAACAGUUUUAGACAGAAAAAGCAGCACGAACACUAAAAUACACAGUUGCACAUAUGUACAGGUCAAAAGAAAAAAGAACACACUAAAAGAUGAUUAUAAGCUUGCCAAUAUUGCUUCACGAUACUGCCCUCUCCGAUCUCAAAUUUUCACAAUUUUAUCAUCAGUGAAUGCAUCACAUGUGGUUGUGUCUCUUGUAGAAAACUAUCCCAACUAUCUUAUUAUAAAUCUAGAUAAGCUGGACUAUUGUGCAAGCUUGAAGAAUCUUGAAACCAUUUCAGAGAAGCAAAACUACAAGUUUAUUCAGGGUGACAUUUGUGAACCCCAUUUUAUAAAACUACUUUUUGAAACUGAGAAAAUUGAUAUAGUUCUACAUUUUGCAGCACAAACCCAUGUAGAUCUUUCAUUUUGGCGUACUCUGGAAUUCACCUAUGUGAAUGUUUAUGGCACUCAUGUUUUGGUCACAGCUGCAUAUGAAGCCUGUGUGGAGAAGUUCAUUUAUGUCAGCACAGAUGAAGUAUAUGGAGGUAGCAUUGAUGAGGAAUUUGAUGAAGCUUCACCCAAACGACCAACAAAUCCUUAUGCUUCAUCUAAAGCAGCUGCAGAAUGCUUUGUUCAGUCUUACUGGGAAAGGUAUCAGUUUCCAGUUGUUAUCACACGAAGCAGCAAUGUUUAUGGACCACAUCAGUAUCCAGAAAAAGUUAUUCCAAAGUUUAUAUCUUUGUUGCAUCAAAAUAGAAAAUGCUGCAUUCAUGGUUCUGGGCUUCAAAGAAGGAAUUUUAUUUACACCACUGAUGUAGUAGAAGCAUUCCUUACAAUUCUAAAGAAGGGGAAGCCAGGUGAAAUUUAUAACAUUGGAUCCAGUUUUGAAAUGUCCAUUUUACAGCUUGCUAAAGAACUAAUCCAUCUAAUAAAAAAGACCAGUUCAGAAUCUGAAAUGGAAUAUUGGGUGGAUUACGUUAAAGACAGACCUAUCAAUGACCUAAGAUAUCCAAUGAAUUCAGAAAAAAUGCACAAUUUAGGAUGGAGACCUAAAGUUCCAUGGAAGGAAGGAAUAAAGAAAACAAUUGAAUGGUACAGAGACAAUUUUCGCAACUGGAAGAAUGUAGAGAAAGCUUUGGAUCCCUUUCCUGUGACGGGCCAUUCACACAGCUUGAUGAACUGUAGGAUGUAAGAAAGAACAUAGAGGAAAUCAUUCUCUCUCCUUGUGACUAUUUCUUCUUCCUAGAAACUUGAAGUCAAAUGACCAAGCUGAAGUUUUCACAUAUUUCACAAUACAUGGACAAUUAUGAAUUUGCAGCUGUAAAUAAGGAACAAAAGAGGAAAGAUGCUCAGAGCUUUUUAAUAUUUGAUUUUAUAGAUGUAAAUCUGUUAACUUCUAUUUCCAGUGCAAUAUUCUUAAUUUUUUAUAAAAAAAUAUUUUAAAUAAUUAAACUAUAUGAAGGAUUUUUAUAACACUAUACAUAGAUACACUUGAUAUUACAUUUGUUCACCUUGAUUAAGAAACAUUUUCAGUCCAACUGGUAUUUUUGAUAAAAAUUAGUUAGUGGUUUUUUUAAGUUCAGAAAUGUUUCAUGCAUACCAGAUCGGUCAUCUCUUAUACUCGUUCCAUCUCAUUAGCUACAAAAUUACAUUUUCUGGUUAGGCAUUUAAUUAUUAAGGAGCAAGUGUUCUAUACCCUACAAAAGGUACAGAAUCACAAAAGGCAAAGAUGAGUUACAGUAAAUUUCCUUGCCAUUGCAGUAUUAUUCUCUAUAGAUCAUUGUUCUAGAACAUUGUCUGCUCUAACUUUAAAUGUCUUAAAUAGCAGGUAUCACUUGCCUGGGAAAUCGUUUUUACCCUAAUAGAUUUUUUUUCAUGAAGCUUGUAUUUAAUUUCAUUCCAUUAUCUGUCUAGAUUAUUUUCAAAUGAUUUUGGCACAGUGGUCAUUAUCCAGUUAUUACCCUUUUGUAUUACCCUAAAGAAUUUCAUUCUCUUUAAUGUUUACAGUUGAAAAGUUUGGAAAAAACUUGAACAUUGCAUUGUUACAGUAUUUCAAAUGUUAUAAUGUUCUGUGAUAUGAAGAAUAUUUUUUGCCAUGGGGGGGAAGAAAGCUAAACAGUUUUGUUUAACUGAAUUGUGUGGUGGUUUUCAUGAUCAGAGUUUAGAUCAUCUUAUCAAUUAAACAUUGCGUGUUAGUAAACUUUCCUGUAAAGUGGUGUUGUUUUUUUUUAAAAUGAAGGGAGAAAUAGUCUGAUUU